AUUCAUGACAAAACUUAGGCCCCUGUGAACUGUCAAUGAGCCCCAGCAGUGAGCCCGGCGACGACUCCUGCUGAAACCGUGUUGUAUUUUCAUUCAAAUUGCUUAUAUAUUCGUAACCCUUCACUUAGAACGUUCUUUUGUACAUCCACAAUGUCUAGUGAAUCUGUUAAAACGUUCGCAAGCCUUGAAACCCCUGGAUAUGUUGGGUUUGCUAACCUCCCAAAUCAAGUACACAGGAAGUCUGUCAAGAAAGGAUUUGAAUUCACUCUUAUGGUUGUUGGUGAAUCCGGUCUUGGGAAAUCAACCUUGGUCAACAGUCUCUUUCUCACGGAUCUUUACCCAGAGCGAGUUGUCCCUGAUGCUAUUGAAAAAGCAACUCAGACCGUAAAGCUGGACGCGUCGACCGUUGAGAUUGAAGAGCGUGGUGUAAAGUUGCGACUGACUGUAGUUGACACCCCUGGGUUCGGAGAUGCCAUCGAUAACACAGACUGUUUCCGUGCAAUUAUUCAGUACAUCGAUGAUCAGUUUGAACGUUUCCUCCGCGAUGAGAGUGGUUUGAAUCGGCGUAACAUUGUUGACAAUCGCAUUCAUUGCUGCUUCUACUUUAUAUCUCCAUUUGGUCAUGGAUUAAAACCACUGGAUAUCCAAUUCAUGAAACAGCUUCACAAUAAAGUGAACAUAGUUCCUGUAAUUGCCAAAGCUGAUGUUCUGACUAAGAAGGAAAUGCUUCGUUUAAAGAAAAGGGUAAUGGAGGAAAUUGAAAAGAAUGAGAUUAAGAUCUAUCCUCUUCCAGAUUGUGAUAGUGAUGAAGAUGAGGAUUACAAAGAACAGGUUCGUCAACUGAAAGAAGCUGUUCCUUUUGCUGUCUGUGGGGCAAAUGCUAUGCUUGAGGUUCGUGGCCGCAAAGUCCGCGGUCGCCUGUAUCCAUGGGGUGUAGUGGAAGUUGAAAAUCCAGACCACUGUGAUUUCAUCAAAUUAAGGACCAUGCUUAUCACACACAUGCAAGACUUACAAGAAGUGACUCAAGAAGUACACUAUGAAAAUUAUAGAUCUGAACGCCUUGCCAAAGGUGCUCCCAUGCCAAAGAAAGUUCCCUCCAUGGAUGGUGCUAUCAUUCCUGCAGAAAAAGACCGCAUCCUACAGGAAAAAGAAGCUGAACUUAAACGCAUGCAAGAAAUGCUUGCAAAGAUGCAAGCACAAAUGUUGCAGCAGCAACCAUAGAAUAAACUCGCGCACCACGUCACUCUGGACUCUGCUAGGCGUCACUUUUCUAACUCAGUCAUUUGCAGUGGAGCCUGGCCGUGGUGUGCGUGCGCUUGGUGCAAAGAGUUGAGCCAACAUCGCCGGCCAACCGAAACCAUGCUGUAAACUUUCCGUAUCUUGUUUGAUGAGGCAUGAAUUUGUAAGGAUGGAGAAUGGCUUGAUAAGGAGUGGAUUGGAUCUUACUGAUGAUUUCUAUUUAAAAGUAAAACACUCCUAUUUUGUUUUGUAAUUUAAAUUCUGUAGAUUUUGCGACUAUAUCACAGGGUAAAAAAAGCCCACAAGGCCAUUAUGGAUUCUGAAGGUUUGUAAUUCUGGACCAAAUUUUUGCUAUUCUUUGUUAAAGAAUGUAAUUUUUUGAUCCGUUGUAAUUUGUGUUGUGCCAAGCCAAAUUUGAAUUCAGGUUGUGACACAAGUAUUAUUAAAACAGUGGGAAUUUCCUUUUUAAAAAAUUUUGUGACGGGAAUGAUGUUUUUCAAACCAAAUGGUAGCAGUUGGUUGCUGACUUUGAUAGGUAAUGAAUGGAGAUUUGGCAUACUUUUAAGUGGGGUUGUAUUAGUAAUGAGAAAAAUUUAAGAUUGUGUGUUGUGUUUUUAGAUUGACUUAGGAAGAACUUUUUAAGUAAAGAUUGUUGUAAUGAAUCCAUGGUUGUAAUCCUAAAGGUCUGAUAAAAUUGUGAAUCUCUUGACAAUCACAUGCUCAAAGAAGAUUUUUUAGAUAUCUAGUACAAAAAGUUCUGAUCUGUUAAAUUUUUAAAACUGUCGAUUUUGAGUUCAUACCUUUUCUUGCAGUGAUGUGCCAAGCUUUUUUUCAUUUAAUUUCUAUUGUUUUAAAAGUUACAAAUAUCUCUUUUAGCUAGGUAUUUUUUUAUUUUUUUGGCAAGUCAUUGAAAUGUAUACAAUUUUGUUGUUACAAUUUUUAUCCUGUGUUCUAGUUGGAUACGUCAGUAAUCGUCUAAUUAGAGGAAAGUAAAGACCUUUGUAGGACAUUGUUUAGAUAGGUAGUGGAUUUCAUGUUAAAUCGAUAUUGAGAGUUAUACAGUCCAUGGUGGUUCGGAGUCUGAGCUCUGUUAAUGGUGAUAUUCUUCUCAUCAAACGUCACCAUCACCUUUCUUGUGCAUUCAUAUCAUGUAUUUGUAAUCUCCGCUGUGAAAUUUUUAUGUUAAAGUGUUGUGCUGUAGUCUCUUUGUUUCUGUUGUAGUGCAAGCCUUACCAAAUGAUCCUUAGGAACUUAACAACUUGGGUGAUUUGUUUU